GAUGAAAAAAAAAAAAUGGAGUCAAACGACGACGUUUUUAGGAACCAAUUCGUGGACAGUCCAUUGAUAGAACAGCAGGCGCAGACUAGACGGGCCGAGACGACUUGGGGCUUCAAGAGAGUUCUUUCAUUCAUUCUUGCAGUAUUGUUGUUGGAGAGGAAAGUAAUGGUGGGAGACCGAGAAGAUCCCCAGAAACUUAAGAGAAUUGCAGCCGCUUCGUACGAUUACGAUAACGACUCCAGAUGGGCCGAGUACUGGACCAAUAUCUUGAUUCCUCCGAACAUGGCCGCUCGUUCUGACGUCAGCGAUCACUUUAAACGAAAGUUCUACCAGCGUUAUAUCGAUCCAGACCUUGUUGUGGAGCCAAUGUCUACAACCAGUUCAUCUCAACCCUAUGCAGCAUCCUCCAACUCAUCAACUCCUGCUAACAGACCUCGAUCACAUAACUCAGGAUCAACCAGAACCUCUGGAACUUCAGCAACUGCUGGUUCUAAUGCAACUUCAGUACGCUGGGAUCGGCAAACAAUACAAUUUUCUGUCAAUGCUUGGGUUUUUGUGGUUGGACUGCUUGCAAUAUUUCCUCUUGUACCAAGGCAUCUCUCAAGUAGGGCAUAUAGGCUGUCAUUUAUGGGCACUGCUUGUUCUUCUCUAUAUUCUUUGUACUCAAUUUACGGGAGACCCAGGGCAUGGAACUUGCAAGCUUUGCAAGAGUACUUUCAGUCAGUAAUUGCGGCCAAAGAUUUUAUUUACUUCAUCUACUGCCUUAACUUUGUCACUUCACAACUUUGCCUUAAAUUUGCUUUGAUUCCCAUAUUAUGCCGUGCUAUUGAACAUGUGGCCAAGUUCUUGAGGCGUAAUUUUAGUCGUUCUUCCUUGUACAGGAAAUACUUGGAAGAUGCUUGUGUGUGGGUGGAGUCAAACGCUACUACCCUUGGCAUUCUUUCUUCACAUGCUGAGAUUGGACUUGGCUUUCUUCUAAUCAUCUCUUUACUCUCGUGGCAGCGCAAUAUAAUACAAACAUUUAUGUAUUGGCAGCUACUAAAGCUCAUGUAUCAUGCCCCCGUGACUGCCGGUAACCAUCAAAGUGUCUGGGCCAACAUAGGGAGGACUGUUAAUCCACUUGUUGAUCGUCAUGCACCUUUCUUGAGGACUCCAAUUUCUGGUAUUCAGCGGUGGUGGUUCAGAUAGAAGUGCUCAGGAACACGAGUAAGGAGCAGAAGAUUUUACAUGGGAUUUGUUUGAACACCGUUUUAUGGAACAAAAACUGAUUUUAGAAUUUUCAUACGAUGAAUCUACCAUCUUGACUUCAGAUGGAUUGUGAUGAAUCUACCAUCUUGACUUUAGAUGGAUUGUUAAAUUAAUCACAGCUUAAUCUUCCUUUAUAUGAUAUGUUUAAUCCUGGUGUCUUUCCUGGUUGUUUUAUGGUCAUUGUUUGUAGCAGCUGAUGACCUACUGUUGAUUUUGCAAACAAAUUAAGAUAUAUUCCUCCCGCUUCAACUUGUUGCAAAGCUUAGCUUCCAA